AUGGCGUGCUCAAGAGACUACUUGAACAAAGGGUGGACGUUCCGCCAGAGCGACGACGACACUGCCGACGCCUGGCUUCCCGCCCAGGUUCCGAGCCAAGUUCACAUGGAUCUAUUGGCGAACAAGAAGAUCCCCGACCCUUUCCUCGACCUCAAUGAACUAUCUGUACGAUGGAUCGCGGAGAAGGACUGGACUUACAAGACGCACUUCCAGAAACCAGCUGGACCAGCGACAGAUGAGCCGGUUGUCACUGAUCUUGUCUUUGAGGGCCUGGAUACCUUUGCGACUGUCUUGCUGAACGGCAUGGAGAUCCUGAAAUCCGACAAUAUGUUCCUAUCACAUAGGGUCGAUGUUUCGAAUCACCUGAAGGACCAGAAUGAACUCGAGAUCACCUUCGACUCAGCCAUGCUUCGUGGUAGUGAGCUGGUGAAGGAACACAGCCGCGAGCACACUUUCUAUGUUCGCCAGACAGAAGUCAGUCGCGUCCCGGUGCGAAAGGCUCAGUAUAACUGGGGCUGGGACUGGGGUCCAAUUCUGAUGACCGCUGGGCCCUGGAAACCCAUCUAUCUUGAACAGUACGUCGCGAGAGUCGAUGACGUAUGGGCUCAGUGCGAGGUCAGCGAGGAUUUGAAGACCUGCUCAGGCCGAAUCUUCGCCAAGGUAGUAGCUACUGCAGACAAGGCAACCUCCUUCACCCUCUCUUUGACCCUGGAUGGGCAAAGCGUGUUGGAGCAGGAGUGCAGCGUGGACUCAGAUGGAAUUGCGCAGACCGAAUUUUCGGUUGAGAACCCUCAGCUCUGGUACCCAUUCGGUUACGGCAAACAAACCCGCUAUGAGUUGAAGGCAACCCUUGGUUCAUAUCACCAGGUCUCCAAACUGGUCGGCUUCCGGCGAACCGAACUCGUCCAACAAGAGGAUGCCUUUGGGAAAUCGUUCUACUUCCGGAUCAACGGCGCCGAUGUCUUCGCUGGCGGAUCGUGCUGGAUCCCUGGUGACAGCUUCCUCUCAAAUAUGUCUGCCGAACGAUACCACGACUGGAUGAAGCUGAUGGCGGAAGGCAACCAGAUCAUGAUCCGCAUUUGGGGUGGUGGGAUCUACGAGCAUGAUGCUCUAUUUGACGCAUGUGACGAGCUCGGUAUCCUCGUCUGGCACGAUUUCGCUUUCGCAUGCGCAUCCUACCCUACCUACGAUUCAUACUUGAAUUCAGUGGAGGAAGAGGCAAGACAGAAUGUCCGGAGGCUACGGUCUCAUCCUUCGGUCGUUAUCUGGGCUGGUAAUAACGAAGACUAUCAAGUCCAGGAGCGAUAUAAGCUGGAUUAUAACUACGCAGACAAAGAUCGCCAGUCCUGGUUGAAGUCGUCUUUUCCCGCGCGCUACACCUACGAAUAUCUGCUGCCCAAGAUAGUCUCUGAAGAAGAUCCGGAAAAGAUAUACCACCCCAGCAGCCCUUGGGGAGAUGGAAAGCCGACCGCGGAUGCAACCGUGGGUGACAUUCACCAGUGGAACGUAUGGCAUGGUGCGAUGCACCGUUACCAAGAAACCUUCAUGCUCGGCGGAAGGUUCAUCAGCGAGUUUGGAAUGGAGGCCUACCCGCAUCUUGAAACCACUCGCAACAUGAUCCCAAACCCCCAGCAACAGUACCCGGGGUCAAUGAUGAUGGACUUCCGGAACAAGGCCAUCGACCACGAGCGUCGAAUGAUCUCAUAUGUCGCGGAGAACUUUCAGAUCAAGUAUGAUCUUCCGUCAUACACUCAUCUGACCCAAAUCGUGCAGGCAGAGACUAUGCACUUUGCCUACAAGACGUGGCGGCGCGAAUGGGGAGCACCAGGUGCACGGAAAUGCGGAGGCGUGUUGGUCUGGCAGCUGAAUGACUGUUGGCCCACGAUGAGCUGGGCCGUUGUCGACUACUAUCUUGUCAAGAAGCCAGCAUUUUAUGCCAUUGCCCAUGCAUUGACGCCUCUAGCUGUGGGGAUAUCUACAACAUACCACCAAUGGACGGCUGGUCACGACGAUCCCACGUUGCCCUCCAGGGAUAUCAAAUUCGACCUAUGGAUCGCCAGUAGUCGGCUUCAACCUGUACAAGUUGACAUCACGAUACGGUUCAUCUCCAUCCGAACUGGCCAGGAUGUGUUGCCCCCCAAGAAACUCGACUCACUAACGGCGGAGUCGAAUAGCACGACCGAGGUCAUCAGAGACUGCAAGGUCGAGGCAACAGGCCCGCCGUUCGACCCCACGAGACCUUUUGACUUGGCCGCUUAUGAUCCUUAUGUGAUCCAUGCAGCUAUUUCAGCCGACAACAAGGUAGUCGCCACCGACAUAGCCUGGCCCCAGCCUCUGAAGUACCUUGACUUUUCCAGUCGUGAGGUGGUGUUCAAAGCCGUGUCCAGCAGCCGAGUCUCGAUCACGGCUACCCGUCCUGUAAAGGGUUUCGUUUUCGAAGAGACCCGAGCUACGAAGAAGCUCAGUGACAACGGCUUUGAUAUCAUUCCUGGCGAGAAAGUGGUUGUGGAUGUCAUGGGCGUGAGUGUAGAUUCGUUGCGCUAUACAUACAUCGGAGCGUCUGAGGGCUCUAUCGCUAUCUCCCUUACCUAG